AUGCAUUCUUGGGCAUUGCUGAAAAAACCCGCAAAACAAAUUCGAGUUUUCGCAACUCAAAGUAGGAAUUCUUAUCAAGUUUUCAGAAAAUCAUCAGACAAUCCAUUAUUAUUGGAAUCGAAGGGUACUAAAAGUUAUAAUUAUGGUGAUAAUGAGAAGGGUUAUUCAUUUCUUGAUUCAGUUUUGAGAUCAAUUGGUUCUGGCUUGGUGAUUGUUGGGGUCUCCAGCUACUGUUCUUCAUUCUCUAAUACAGAUUCAUCAUUUGUAUCUUAUGCUGAUUCUGGAAUUGGGAUUUCUGAAUCCGAAAAGAAGUCUAGUUUCAUCUUCAAAGAUACAUACAGGAGAAAAGUUUUCUUCAAGUAUGAAAAAAGAAUGAGAAUGCGAAGUCCUCCUGAAAAGGUGUUUGAAUACUUCGCGUCUUUUAGAACCCCUUCGGGAGAAAUGUACAUGACACCAGCAGACUUAAUGAGAGCAGCUGUUCCUGUAUUUCCUCCAUCAGAAGCAGACAGUGUUAGAGGGGGACAUUUGAAAGGGGAAUGGGUUACUAGUGAGUUACAGUGUGCUCCAUCACAAUUCUUCAUGCUUUUUGAUACCAAUAACGAUGGACUUAUAUCAUUCCCAGAGUACAUCUUUUUCCUUACCAUACUGAGCAUUCCCGAGUCGAGCUUUUCUGUUGCAUUUAAAAUGUUUGAUCUUGAUAAUGAUGGAAGUAUAGACAAGGAAGAAUUUAAGAAAGUGAUGGGGCUGAUGCGUACAUUUAAUAGACAAGGGGCUUGUCAUAGAGAUGGACUUAGGAUCGGAUUAAAAGUUUCUGGAUCUGUGGAGGAUGGUGGUCUUCUAGAGUACUUCUUUGGCAGUGAUGGAAGCAAACGCCUUGAACAUGAAAAAUUUGUCCAAUUCUUGAGAGACUUGCAUGGUGAAAUGCUGAGAUUGGAGUUUGCUCAUUAUGAUUGUAAGUCACAAGGAACUAUUUCUGCUAAAGAUUUUGCCUUGUCUAUGGUUGCAUCUGCUGAUAUGAGAUAUAUAAACAAAUUUCUCGAUCGAGUUGAUGAACUAAACAAGGAGCCAUCUCUAAAAGACUUUCGUUUUACAUUUGAAGAAUUCAAGAAUUUUGCUGAGCUUCGCAAAAGAUUGCAGCCUUUCUCCGUGGCCAUAUUUAGUUAUGGAGAAGUGAAUGGACUACUGUCAAAGAAAGACUUCAAAAGAGCUGCCGAUCAAGUUUGUGGCAUAUCCCUCUCUGAUAAUGUGGUCAACAUGGUAUUUUACAUGUUCGAUGCAAAUCGAGAUGGGAGUUUAAGCUCCGACGAGUUCUUGAGAGUUAUGGAAAGACGAGAAACGGAGAUUUCACAGCCAAGGGAUGCAGGUUUUGCAGGGUUGAUAUCAUGCUGGAUGGACUGUACAAAGAAUUGUUCUUCAAAGAAGUUAUUCUGA